AUGAAUGAUCCCACUAACUAUUUGCUAAAGUCUGGAAACUUUGAUGAUCCGCCGAGCCACCCACCUUCAGAUUCUCCCAUCGAAACCGCCGAAAGAUUUGUGCAGGACAUCUUACAACACGACCCUGGGUCGAAUGUUCAAAUAAGCCCAUCUGGUGAACUCUAUAGAGCCAUAGUUCGAUAUUCCCAGACAAGACGAGCAGCACAACAAAGCCCAUUCCAUCAUAGUCCGGAAACUGUUAGAAAUAUGUCCUCAUCGGAACGCAGGGCCGAGAGACAGCACAGGUCAGUAAGAAGACGCACAUCGAGACAAUCCAUGAUGUAUCCUCCAUUCGAGACUCUUACUGAGGAAACUGAAAGGGAACUUGUUGUUGCGACAAGCGCGCGACGAGCCGAACUACUAGCUCAAGCCAGACGACGAGAUGCAGCCAGACCUGCUCAGGCAUCACCGGGUCGCCGAAGACCUCGCCUUUUACAGUCCGAUCGAUAUAUGGAACCACUGAGAGCGUUGACUGAAGGUGGUACUUUAAGCUCAGGACUCGCAGAUAUAAGACAACUAGAAGUCGCAAGCACGAACCUCCGAGCUCUGUUAGAAACUCCCCUCCCCUCUCCCCCUUCCAGGGUAUCGUCGCCCGAAUAUGUCGCUGAGGGAGAGCAUAACCGUAGGGUCAAGAGAAGAAAGCUGGAUCAAGAUAGUAAAAAGGAAUCCUGGCAGAAUUUCAAGUAUGGAAGAUAUGGCCAGAUCGAACCUGGCACUCUGCAAAUGGAAAUCGUUAGUUGUGACGGGGGCUUAUUUCAAAAUUGUCCGGAGGCAGAAUACGGGUCAGAAAAUGUUCUGAAAGACGAUAAUACAGUCUACUGCACUAAAAGUAAUCGUUGCAAUAUGAUCUUGAAGCAUCAAGGCGAGACCACAUUCUCUCUUACGGAAAUGGUUAUCAAAGCACCCCAUAAAGGAUACACAGCUCCAGUCCAGGAAGGAAUGGUAUUUAUUUCCGGAACACUAAAUGGCCUCUUAACUCGUACUGCACAGUAUCAAAUUCAAUACUCCGCACCAUCCCGUAAUUCGGAGCGGCCACCAAUAAUGUCCAUCCGCCAUAAUCAUGAUGGUACUAGCAGUAUGACAACAGCUCAAGCGCGUGCUGGCCGUCUUGUUGCAUUGGGCGCUCAAGAUCCAGAUUGCGAUUUGAACGCUCCCUAUACUCCGCCCACUGCCCAGAUUCCGUCCGACUUUACCAACAUUACGUCACCCUACCAAGUUACCAUGGAAUGUGAUAGUGACUAUUCCGAUAAUGAGGAUCAGUCUCGAGAAAACAGUCGAGCUUAUAGGAUGAGAUUGGCUGAUAUUCCAGAUGAUGAUCUCCGUCUCGAUGGCGAAAGCAGCGACGAAGAAGACUUUACAACACCAUACAGACUUUCCGACAGGGGCAACUAUCACUAUGAUCCUACAUCUUUACCACCAAGAUUACGUCGACGCGAAACUGCUAGUAAUAUCACACUAGCCGAAGCUGCGGAGGCGUCACAAAUUGCAACGCAAGAAGCAGUUCGAGCCGUAGGUGGCGAACUCAUGGUUCCUCAUGCGAAAUUCUUCAUUGAAAGGGAUAAAAGUAAGUGCACGAUUAAAUUCAGUACGCCUAUUAGUGGAAAGUAUAUUCUGUUGAAGCUUUGGAGCCCAGAUGGGAGGUCGGAUGGAAAUAUUGAUAUACAGAGUGUGGCUACGAAGGGAUUUGCUGGUCCGAGGUUAUUUCCAAAGAUUACUAUGAUGUAG